AUCGAACACAGUCAUUGUCCCAACCAUCAGCUUCUCCAGUGUCAUUCCUUCAGGGAGCUGAUUGUCAUUUCCUAUCGAGAAACCAACCCCAAUAUUGUUACCAUUAUUUCCAUUGUUGUUGAAGACACUGGCUGUGGUUCCGCCAAGGCCUGUGAGGAAAGGGAGAUUGUUGUUGUUGAGGAGCCCAGGACGGCGUGGGCAUGGUCUACCAGAGGGUUGCAACGGCGUCGGGGGGACGCGCCGGAAAGAUGGGGAUUGGAGAUCGCCGAGAUAAGGAGGAUCAAGGGGGACAAUUUGAGGUGGCAGCAAUGUGUGCGGCGGACUGCAGCGGCAUCGGUCGGAGAAAAUGACGGCGUCGGAAUUUUCGAAGGGGGGCGUCGUUUCACAGGUCAAGUGAGGCUGCGGUGGUGAGAGGGGAUAUCAGAGACUGGGAGGAAACAUGAUAUUAGGAAUA